UGCCAUUAUAAACGCCGAUUUAUCAUACGUGAAAGUAGAACUUUUCUCGCUCUCUGCUGCUGCUGGGGUUUCUCUCCAGCAGACGAUCUCGUUGAGAGAGAUUCUUAGGUUUGUUGCUGUUGUUUUCGAACGAUUAGGAACCGAUCGAGAGAGAGCUUCCCGGGCCAAACAGUACGUGGGGGUGACACAGUUUAUUUGAAGUGCAGAAUGGAGCACGACAAGACCGGAUGCCAAAACCCGCCUGAAUGUCCGAAGCUGUGUAUCAACAAUUGCGGUUUCUUUGGAAGCCCGGCUACGAUGAACAUGUGUUCCAAGUGCCACAAGGCUCUGCUGUUUCAGCAAGAACAGGGAGCUAAGCUUGCUUCUGUCGUGUCUGGAUCUUCAUCCACUGUGAAGGAAACUGUUCUUGGUGCAUCAAUGGAGGUUCAAGCUCAGUCCAUGGAGCCGGAUGCCGCUUCCCCAUUGCCGUCUCCUGCCUCUGACCAUGGAGUAGGAGUAGAAGCAAAGCCCAAGGAAGGGCCAAGCCGAUGCAUUGCGUGCAAUAAACGGGUCGGGUUGACGGGUUUCAAGUGCCGAUGUGGCAGUCUCUUUUGCGGGUCUCACCGCUAUGCGGAUAAACACGAUUGCAGCUUCAACUACCGUGCUGUGGCUCGGGAGGCUAUAGCCAAAGCGAACCCCAUUGUGAAAGCAGAGAAGCUCGACAAGAUCUGAAACCGAAAGUUCUGCAACAAUUUAAGCUUUUACGCACGUCUGUCUCGUCUCGAAAGCUCGAUGAUUCAGUUUCAUCUCGAAAGCUCGGUGCGAGUCCCUUAUCUUAUCUGUACCGAUGACUAGAUUAUCGUUAAAACAUGCAAAAGGAAACAGUGUGGAUGCAAAAAUGUUAUCAGAAGAAAAGAUCAUCGGUUUGGUAUCUCGGACCAAAUAGCUUGUUAUAAGUGGUUUAUGUUUUUUUUUUUCCUUGUGCUGAUAUGGGGAAAAUAUAGAAAAUGAAGAUAAUUAUGAA